UUAAAGGGGACUGCACAGUGAUUGCCACUAGCAAUGGCUCCCAAAAAGAAGGGCAGCAAGGGGUCCAAAGAGCCCGAGGUCAAGAAGAAGAAAGGUGGCACAGUCAAGUCCAUGGAAUCAUCUGUUAUCGAAGAGCUGAAGGAGCUCUACCAUAACCAGAUCCGAGACCUGGAAGGCCGGCUGGCCCGGUACCAACGGAAGUGGGAUGAGCUAUCUGUGCAGGAGAAGUUGUUCCGCCAGGAGUAUGACCAGCUGGCUAACAACAAGAAGGAGAUCGUUGCCUUUCUCAAGCGCACCCUCAACCAGCGGGUGGACGAAAUCACAGAGCUCAACGAGCAGCUCCAGAGCCUGCAGCUGGCCAAGGAGAUAGAGAAGGACGCUUUUGAAACACAGCUGGCCCAGGUGCGCCACGAAUUCCAGGAGACCAAGGACCAGCUCAUGACGGAGAACAUCAUCCUUGGGGGGAAGCUGGCAGCCCUGGAGGAGUUCCGGCUGCAGAAAGAGGAGCUCACAGAGAAGUAUGCAUCUCUGGAGGACCAACUACGGAAACAGGAGAGUGAAUACAAGGAGUACAUGUACAAUCUAGAGAAGAAGUCGGUGCUGGACAAGGACAGACUGAGGAAGGAAAUCAUCCAGCGGGUGAACAUGGUGGCCACCGAGUUUCGCAAAGUGGCCACGAACCAGAUGUGGGAAACGACAAAGCGGACCAUCACGGAGAACAACACGGUGACCUUGCAGCUGUCCAAGAUCUCCCAGCAUGGCAUGCAGCUGCUGCAGGAGAACGAGCAGCUCAAGGGUGCCCAGCACUUACUGCACAAGCAGGUGGAACUGCUGGAAAGCUCCCAGAAGAUCAUGGCCAAGAAGAGCAUAACCCACCAGAAGAUGAUCCUCAUGCUGACUGAGAAGUGCAAGGAGCAAGAGCAGAUCAAAGAAGAGGUGGAGAAACUACAGCUUCAUCUGAGUCAGCAGGAGCAGAACCUCCAGCAGCAGUGGCAGGAAAACCAGGCACUGAGGAGCCUGGAAGAGCAGCUGAAAGUGCAGCUGGAGAAGCAGCAGGCCGAGGUGCAGCAGCUACGGCAGCAGCUGACCAAAGAGCAGUCGGUUCGGGCAAGCAUGGUAUCAGCUCUGGGCAGGGCCACCACAUUCCUUCAGAGCAUUCUGCAGCAAAUGCAGCCAGAUGAUGAGAGUGACCUCCUUGCUCUGGUUGAGUUGGAGCAGAGAGAGAUGCUGCAGCAGCUGCUGGCCAUGCUCAGCUCCACUGUGGUCACCAGUCCCCAGGAAUCUGUGUGUUCUCGUCAGGGGACUCAGCCAGCCAGCCCACCCAAGAAAAGGUCCAGCACCCAGCUCCCCCAGAUGAGGUCUCUGCAGCAUUUAUCUGCCACCACAUCCUACCAGCCAGGGGACCUGGGGCUUGUGCCGCGCCGGGCUCACAUCCCACCCAACCCUGAAGACCUCAGGCUGCUCUCACACACCACCCGAGUGGGAGCCUUCCGGAUGCACAGCACCUCUGAGGUGAGGGUGCCAGGGGCUCCAGAGGCAGCAAGAUGUCAGGAAGCCCUGGGUGCAGGUCAGAGCUCUACCGUGCUGCAGCUGUGUGGGUCUGCUCAGACCUUUUUAGGUUUCUGCUUCCCAUCUGUAAAAUGGGUUGAAGUGGCCAGCAAAAUAGCUCACUGGGAUAGUGCACCUGCUUUGCCAUGCAUGUGACCCAGGUUGGAGCCCAGCCUCCACCAUACUGAAGGUAGUAACUUCAGUGCUGUGGUGUCUUCUCCUUCCCCAUGUUACUGUGUCUAUCUGGAAAAAUCAUAUUGGAGCAGUGAAGACAAAAAGCAGACAAACAAAACCAAACCAAAAAAAAAAAAAAAGAAAGGUGUGGCCAGGUUUAGAGGGUUGAGGCAGAUUCACACAUCCCUCAGGAACAGGAGCUUAAAGGACCAUCUCUUCAGGCAGGGGAAAGUUGGGAAGCCCUGCCCAGGCUGCCUCACUCUCCAAACUGCCAUGUUUAACCUUUCAGGUGCACACUUCUGAUUCUGCAAAAAAGUUCAAAACGUUUAGUCUUCCUUCAGUUUCCCUGCUUUCCAAAUAAGACACAGAGAUCAACCCCUAUUUCCAGGAAUGGACUAUCCAGCAACAGCUCCCCCUUUAAUCCAUGGGCAGCCUGGGGUGGCCCAAAGAAGAGUUAUUAAAUAUAGAUACCACCGG